AGCAAACAGACUUGAUUCAAAGUCCAUCUAUUCCCACUCUCUCAGAGCAGGACUCUUUUUUCCUCUUGCAACCCACAUUCCUUGAAAGAUCUGCAACCCUUUGCCUCUACGGCACUUUGCUACCCACGUUCCUGUUGAACAGAACAUCCACUUGACAACACUCCUUCAACAAAACCGCAACAAUGAAGUCCGUCUCUGUCGCCUCUGCUCUGCUCAUCGCAGCUGCUGCCGCCAAGCCUCAUCACGGCCACCACGCCCACCACCACGCUGCCCGUGAUGUCGUCGUCACCGAGACCGAGUGGCACACGGACACCGUCUACGUGACCGAGCUGAUCGAUUCCACCACCACCUACUGGGUUCAGGACGGCAAGACCGCUGCCGUCGCCCCUGGUGCCACGACCACCGCCUCAGCCUCUGCUGGCGAGUUCUUCGAGCCCAGCUCUUCUUCCACCACUGCGCCGGCCAGCUCGACCAGCCAGGCUCCUCCUCCUCCUCCGGAGACCACCACUGCUGCCUCCUCCAGCUCGGUCCCUCCCCCGCCUCCUCCUCCUCAGACCACCACCUCUGAGGCCCCGGCCCCCGUUGUGCCUCCUCCGGUUCAGCACACCACCACUUCUGCGGCUCCUCCUCCUCCUCCUCCUCCCCCGGUUGAGACUCCUACUCCCUCUCCCACCCCCUCGCCUUCUCCUUCGCCUUCUCCUAGCGCCCCUGCUUCUCCUCCUCCCGACAACAGCGUCGGCAGCAGCAGCACCAGCGGCGGCGGCGACACCUACUCCGGUGACAUCACCUACUACACCAUCGGUCUCGGCUCUUGCGGUGAGGACGACAGCGGCCAGGACCAGACUGCCAGCAUUGUCGCCAUUGCUGUCGGCCUCAUGGGCGAACAGUCCAACGGCAACCCCAUGUGCGGCAAGACCAUCACCAUCCACGGUGGCGGCAAGACCGCCACCGCCGUCGUCAAGGACAAGUGCAUGGGCUGCGCGCCCCACGACAUCGACGUCAGCGAGAAGGUCUUCCUCGAGCUCUUUGGCAGCCUUGACGGCGGUCGUGAGCCCGUCACCUGGUCUUUCAACUAAGCUGUCCAAGUUGAAGCUGCCGUUGGGCCUCUUCCACGGCUACAUAAGUAGCUGGUGAAAACGGCCUGGCGCGCAAAAACCUGUCAAUGUGCAGCGCACAUUUCUAGACUUGUUUAUUUGGACAAGAUGUCAAAAAACAACCAAUUUUUUCACGUAUACCCUUCAUUCGUUGAUUUGUUUGGAUUCUAUCAUCCCUGGCGUGGAUGGGAAUGCGAUAUGGAUAGGAAAAUGAUUUAUUAUUCUUAUAUAUCCCGGGACGGAAAACAAGACACACACUUGGCAAAUCAACGGGAUAACCUCUUUUCUAUGUACAUAUAGACAAACUUUAUAGACAUGUCCUCUCAUCUUGGAGACAACGUGGAAUGACAUACCCUUUUAGAUGCCAUUAUUUGAGAUGCUAUCGCCUUG